CUUCUCCUCGCUGAGUCUCCUCCUCGGCGCUGACGGUACAGUGAUAUAAUGAUGAUGGGUGUCACAACCCGCAUUUGAACUUGCAGGCGAGCUGCCCCGAGCCUUUCUGGGGAAGAACUCCAGGCGCGCGGGGGCAACAGCCGCGAACAUUAGGUGUUGUGGACAGAGCUGGGACCGGGAUCUGCGGCCAGCCCCGCAUCCUCCCGCAUCCUUCAGCACCGUCCCGCACCCUCCGCACCCUUCCCCAGGCCACCGCGCUUCCUAUGUGACCCGCCUGGGCAACGCCGAGCCCAUUCGCGCAGCGCUGCGGUGAAUUUUUUUCCCUAAACUGCAAUAAGCCGCCUUCCAAGGACAAGAUGUUGAUAAAUAUAAAGAGCAUCUUAUGGAUGUGCUCAACCUUAAUAGCAACCCAUGCACUACAUAAAGUCAAAGUGGAAAAAAGCCCACCUGUUAAGGGCGCCCUCUCUGGCAAAGUCAGCCUACCUUGUCAUUUUUCAACCAUGCCUACUUUGCCACCCAGUUACAACACCAGCGAAUUUCUCCGAAUCAAAUGGUCUAAGAUCGAAGUGGACAAAAAUGGAAAGGAUUUAAAGGAGACAACUGUCCUUGUGGCCCAAAAUGGAAAUAUCAAGAUCGGUCAGGGCUACAAAGGGAGAGUGUCCGUCCCCACGCACCCUGAGGAUGUGGGCGAUGCCUCCCUCACCAUGGUCAAACUGCGCGCAAGUGACGCGGGCCUGUACCGCUGCGACGUCAUGUACGGGAUUGAAGACACGCAAGACUCGGUGUCACUGGCCGUGGAUGGAGUUGUGUUUCACUAUAGGGCAGCGACCAGCAGGUAUACCCUGAAUUUUGAGAUGGCUCAGAAGGCUUGCGUGGAUGUUGGGGCAGUCAUAGCAACCCCGGAACAGCUCUUUGCCGCCUAUGAAGAUGGAUUUGAACAGUGUGAUGCAGGCUGGCUGUCUGAUCAGACUGUUAGAUAUCCCAUUCGGGCUCCCCGAGAAGGCUGUUAUGGAGAUAUGAUGGGGAAGGAAGGAGUCAGGACCUAUGGAUUCCGUUCUCCUCGGGAAACUUAUGAUGUGUAUUGUUAUGUGGAUCAUCUGGAUGGUGAGGUGUUCCAUAUCACUGCUCCCAGUAAAUUCACCUUUGAGGAGGCUGAGGAAGAGUGUGAAAACCAGGAUGCCAGGCUGGCGACGGUGGGGGAACUCCAGGCGGCGUGGAGGAAUGGCUUUGACCAGUGUGAUUACGGGUGGUUGUUGGACGCCAGCGUGCGCCACCCUGUGACUGUGGCCAGGGCCCAGUGUGGAGGUGGUCUACUUGGGGUGAGAACCCUGUACCGUUUUGAGAACCAGACAGGCUUCCCUCCCCCUGAUAGCAGAUUUGAUGCCUACUGCUUUAAACCUAAACAGAAUAUAUCAGAGGCUACAACGAUUGAAUUGAAUAUCCUCGCAGAAACUGCAUCACACAGAUUGUCCAAAGAACCACAAAUGGUACCCAAUAGAACUACACCAAUCAUUCCUUUAGUCAACGAAUUACCUGUCAUUACAACAAAGUUCCCUCCUGUGGAAAGUAUAGUCAAUUUUGAACAGAAAGCCACAGUCCAACCUCAGGCUGUCACAGACAGCUUAGCCACUGAGUCACCCACACCAGCUGGGAGUACCAAAAAGCUUUGGGAUAUGGACUACUACUCACCUUCUGCUUCAGGACCACUUGGAAAGCCAGACAUAUCAAAAAUUAAGGAAGAAGUGCUCCAAAGUACAACUGUCAUCUCCCGUCAUGCUACUGAUUCAUCGGAUGGUGUCAUGGAAGAUACACAAACCCAAGAAUCAGUUACACAGAUUGAACAAAUAGAAGUGGGUCCCUUGGUAACAUCCAUGGAAAUCUCAAGGCAUCCUCCUUCCAAGGAAUUCUCGGUAACUGAAACACCAUUUGUAUACACAAGAAUGACCCUGGAAUCGAAAACUGAAAAGAAAACAGUAAGCACUAUUUCUGAAUUGGUGACUACAAGUUCCUAUGGAUUCACCUUGGGAGAAGAUGAUGAUGAAGACAGAACACUUACAGUUAGAUCUGGUCAGACCACCUUGGUCUUUAGCAAAAUACCUGAAGUCAUUACAGUGUCAAAGACUUCUGAAGACACAACUCAUGUUCAACUAGAGGACUCAGAGUCAGUCUCAGCAUCCACAACUGUUUCACCUUUAACUAUGCCUGACAAUGGAUCAUCCAUGGACAGCUGGGAAGGGAGACAAACUAAUGGUAGGAUAACUGAAGAUUUUUUUGGCCAGUAUCUGUCUAGUACACCUUUUCCAUCACAGCGUCAUACAGAAGUAGAAUUGUUUCCUUAUUCUGGUGAUAAAAUAUUAGUAGAGGGAAUAUCCACAGUUACUUAUCCCUCUCCACAAACAGAAAUGACACAAGGAAGAGAAAGAACAAAAACUCUAAUACCAGAGAUGAGAACAGAUACUUAUACAGAGGAUGAAAUACAAGAAAAGAUCACUAAAGAUCCAUUUGCGGGAAAAACAGAAGAAGAAGGCUUCUCUGGAAUGAAGCUCUCUACAUCUUCCUCAGAGCAAAUUCAUUUUACAGAGACUUCUGUGGAAAUGACAACUCCAGGUGGGUUAGAAGCAGAUGGCUAUGAAGAUACUACCAAGUAUAGUGAAGAUAUCACAACAGUGCAUUUGACCCCCAGUACUUUAGAUGUUGAAGUGGUCACUGUAUCAAAAUGGUCAUUGGAUGAAGAUAAUACAACCUCGAAGCCUUUAGAGUCUAUAGAACAUUCAGGCUCUCCAAAAUUGCCCCCUGCUUUUCUCAUCACUACAGGGGUGAAUGGAAAGGAUAAAGAAAUCCCAAGUUUCACUGAAGAUGGAGGAGAUGAAUUUACUCUUAUUCCAGAUAUUGCUCGAAAGCAAUUAGAGGAGAUUACUGAGGAAGACUUAAUAGAUCAUGGGAAAUUCACAAUCAGAUUUCAGCCAACUACAUCAGUUGGGAUUGCAGAAAAGUCAACUUUGAGAUAUUUUGCAACUGAAGAAAGUGUUCCACCUAUCACAAGCACAGAAGACCAAGUUGUUUAUGCAACCAUGGAAGGAAGUGCUUUGGGUGAAGGAGAAGAUGUGGACAUCUCUAAGCCAGUAUCUACUGUUCCCAAAUUUGCACACACUUCAGAGGUAGAAGGAUUGGCAUUUGUUAAUUAUAGUACUACCCAGGAGCCUACUACUUAUGUAGACUCUUCCCAUACCUUUCCUCUUUCUGUAAUUUCCAAGACAGAAUGGGGAGUGUUAGUACCGCCUGUUCCAUCAGAAGGGGAAGUUCUAGGUGAACCUUCUCAAGAUAUACGUGUCAUUGAUCAGACUCGCCUUGAAGCAACUGUUUCUCAUGAAACUAUAACAACAACAGAAACCACACAGGGAACAACUCAGGAAGAAUUUCCUUGGAAGGAAGAGACUGCAGAGAAACCAGUUCCUGCUCUCAGUUCUACGGCUGGCAUGCCCAAGGAGGCAACACCACCAUUCGAUGAACAAGAGGGUGAUGGAUCAGCAUACACAGUCUCGGAAGAGAGAUUGAUGACAGGUUCUGAGAGAGUCCCAGUUUUAGAAACAACUUCAGUUGGAAAAAUUGAUCACAGUAUGUCAUAUCCACCUGGUGCUAUAACUGAGCACAAAAUGAAAAUGGAUGAAAUGGUAACACUAACACCAAGCAUUGGGCCAAGAGUAUCUUUAAGUCCAGAGACUGAACAAAGAUAUGAAACAGAAGGCAGUAGUCCAACAGAAUUUAUAACACCUUUGAGUACUACCCAGCUUAUAGAGGAAACCACUACUGAGAAAAGAGAGAAAACAUCCCUAGAGUAUAUUGAUUUAGGCUCAGAAUUAUUUGAAAAGCCCAAAGCCACGGAACUCCCCAGAUUUUCAACAAUUAAAGCCACAGGUCCAAGUGAUAUCACUGGUGUGUGGGAUGUAGUAGACAAACUUCACACAACUUCAGCAUUCAAGCCGUCUUCAGCAUCCACCGGGAAACCACCUCUCAUUGACAGGGAACCCGGUGAAGAAACAACCAGUGACAUGGUAAUCAUCGGCGAAUCCACAUCUCGUGUCCCUCCCACUACCCUGGAUGAUAUUGUACCUAAGGAAACGGAAACCGAUAUUGAUAGAGAGUAUUUCACGACUUCAAGUACUCCUUCUGCUACACAGCCAACAGGACCGCCCACCGUGGAAGGCAAAGAGGCUGUCGGACCUCAAGCACUCUCCACUCCACAACCCCCAAUGGGGACAAAAUUCCACCCUGACAUAAAUGUUUAUAUUAUUGAGGUCAGAGAAAACAAGACAGGUCGAAUGAGUGAUUUGAGUGUAAUUGGUCAUCCAAUAGAUUCAGAAUCUAAAGAAGAUGAACCUUGUAGUGAAGAAACAGACCCAGAUCACGAUCUAAUUGCUCAAAUUUUACCUGGCUUACCUGAUAUAAUUGAAAUAGAUAUAUACCACAGUGAAGAGGAUGAAGAAGAUGAUGAAGAGUGUGCAAAUGCUACUGACGUCACGACCACCCCCUCCGUGCAGUACAUCAAUGGGAAGCAUCUCAUUACCACUGUGCCCAAGGACCCAGAAGCUGCAGAAGCUAGGCGUGGCCAGUUUGAAAGUGUUGCACCUUCUCAAAAUUUCUCAGACAGCUCUGAAAGUGACACUCAUCAGUUUCUAAUAGCCGAAACAGAAUUGUCUACUGCUAUGCAACCUAGUGAUUCUAAAGAAACAACUGAAUAUCUUGAAAUUACAUGGAAGCCUGAGACUUACCCUGAAACAUCAGAAAGUUUUUCAGGUGGUGAGACUGAUGUUUCCCCCACAUCCCCUUUCCAUGAGGCAGAAGCAACAGAGGGUGUAGAAUCAAUCACAGAGAGAAGUCCUGAACUUGGCAAUCAGGUGCAUGAAUACACUGAAGCUGUCCCUCUGUUUCCUGAAGAGUCUUCAGGAGAGGCUGCCAUUGACCAAGAAUCUCAGAAAAUAGUAUUUUCAGGGGCCACAGAUGUAACAUUUGGUGAAGUGGCAGAAAAAAGCACUUCUAUCAUGUAUACUCCCACUGUAGUUCCAAGUUCUAUGUCAGCACGUGUUUCAGAGGAAGGAUCAGUUACCCUACUAGGAAAUCUGCAGCCUAAUGACCCAUUGUCUACCCGUGAAAGCUGGAUAGAAAUAACCCCUAGACAAAUUGUAGAGGUCUCAGGGAGUUCUUCAGUUCCAAUUGCAGAAGGCUCUGGAGAAGUAGAAGAAUACAAAGAUAAAAUGUUCACCAUGGUAACAGAUUUAUCACAGAGAAAUACUACAGAUACAAUCAUUACUUUAGACACCAGCAAGGUAGUUAUCACGGAAAACCUUUUUGAGAUUCCUGCGACUACCAUUUAUUCAGUUUCUGAACAACCUUCUGCAGAAGUGGUGCCUACCAGUCUUGUAAGUGAAUCAGACACUUCCAAGUGGGUUUUCAGUACAUCUUUUGAGGGAAAGAAAAGGAAAGAGGAGGAAGAAGGACCUACAGGUACAGCUUCUGCAGUUGAGGUACAUUCACCUACACAGGGAUCAGAUCAACUCAUUUUAUCCUCUGAAUUAGAAAGUUUGGAUGUAGCUACAUCUAGUGAUUCAGCUACUGGGAAGACUUUUAUGUCCUUGACAACACCCACGCAGUCUGAAAGAGAAAUGACAAGUUCUACCCCUGUCUUUACAGAAGGAAAUGUUUUAGAAGACUUGCGGGCACAGACUACCAAGCACAGCAGUAGCAGUCAACCUGGGAUCCAGGAGGGGCUGACCACUCUCCCAGGUAGCACUUUCUCUCUCUUUAUGGAGCAGGGCUCUGGAGAAGCUGCUGGUGUCCCAGAAACCACCACUCUUUCUUCAUUUUCAUUAAAUAUAGAGUCUGAAAUUCCAACCAAAAAGGAAACAGCUGGCACUUUGUCUCCCCAUGUGGAAAAAACAUUCUCCUCUGAGCCAACACGACUAGUUUUGAGUACUGUAAUAGACAGAGAAGUUGAAGAAAUUAUAAGUCAAACAUCCAAGGAAAAAUUGGUUUCAGAGGUAUCAGGAAAACCAAAUUAUGGGGCAGAAAUAAGGGGCUUUUCUACAGGUUUUCCUCUCGGGGAAGAUUUCAGCGGUGACUUUAGAGAAUACUCAACAGUAUCUCAUCCCAUCACAAAAGAAGAAAUAGUGAUAAUGGAAGGCUCCGGGGAUGCAGCAUUUAGGGAUAUCCAGAUUUCACCAUCUGCGAUACCUACUUCAGUUCGUGUCAGUGGCACACCUAAUUCGGAGGGACCCAGUAGCACCUCGAUCAGCACUUCAGCCUUGCUGUGGGAAGAGUUCAUAGCCUCAGCUGAAGGUUCAGGUGAGCAACUGGUCAUAGUAGGCAGCUCUGUUGGCCCAGUGCUCCCCAGUGCUGUGGAGUUUUCUGGUACAGAUUCCCCAUUUAUUGACCAAGGAUUGGGAGAAGUGGGUGCUAUCAAUGAAGCUGAUAAAAGAUCCACUGUUUUGCCAACAGUAGAAGCUGAAGGUACUAUAGUUCCAACAGAAAAGGGGGAAGUAAAGGUCAAUGACACAAUUUCAAUGAACUUUCCCCAAACUAUGGAGCCACUCAAAUUAUGGUCAAGGCAAGAAGUCAACACUGUAAGACAAGAAAUUGAAAGUGAAACAGCAUCAGAGGGAAAGAUUCAAGAAGAAAAGUCUUUUGAAUCCCCCCGAAGCUCUCUUGCACCAGAGCAAAGAAUUUUCGAUUCACAAACGUUUACUGAAACUGAACGCCAAACCACAGAUUAUUCUAUACUAACAACAAAGGAAACUUACAGUACUGAUAAGGAAAUGAAGGAGGAAGGCAUUUCCUUAGUUAACAUGUCUACUCCAGAUCCAGAUGCAAAGGGCUUGGAAUCAUAUACUAUUCUCCCUGAAGCUACUGAAAAAACACACUUUUCCUUAGCUACUGCCUUAGUGACUGAGUCUAUACCAGCUGAAAGUAUGGUCACUGAUUCAUCAAUCGAAGAGGAAGAAAGUGUAAAACUCUUUCCGAAAGGUAUGAAACCAACAAUUAAAGAGUCGUAUACUGAUCUCUUAUUCUCUGGACUGGGAUCAGGAGAAGACGUUUUGCCUACUCUACCUACAGUGUCAGUGAAUUUUACUGAAAUGGAACAAAUUGUUAACACAUUAUAUCCCCAGACUUCUCAAGUGGAAAAUUUAGAAACAAGCAGCUUAAGUGAUAAAACUGAAGAUUAUGAGGGAGUGGAAAAUGUGGCAAAUGAAGUUAAACCACUCAUUUCCAAAACAGAUAACAGCUCUGAAAGUAGUGAGGCAGUAUCCAGCACAACCUUAAUAGAAAUUUCAAGUGACACUGGAGCAGAAAGACCCACUAUGACACCUCUUCCUUUCUCUACAGACAGCAAACAUCUUCAGAAUCAGACUCUCGGGUGGGCAGAAGAAAACCGGACUAGUAGACCACAAACUAUAACUGAACGAGACUCUAACAAGAAUUCUUCCACAGCAGAAACUAAAGAAACAGCAACCUCUUUCUCUGUUUUUCUGGAUAGACCUUAUGGUCUUGACAUGGCCAAAGAAUUUGUUACCUCAGCUCCAAAACCAACUGACUUAUUUUAUGAACAUUCUGGAGAAGGAUCUGGAGAAUUGGCUAUUGUUGAUUCAGUUCACACUUCUGGAACUACUCAGGCAACCAGACAAGGAAGUAUCACAUUUGUUUCUGAUAGAUCCCUGGAAAAACAUCCUGAGGCGCCAAGUGCUAAAGCUGUUACUGCUGAUGAAUUCCCAACAGUUCCAGUGGUUCUGCCUCUUCAUUCAGAGCAGAAUCAAAGCUCCCCUGAUCCAACUAGCAUACUGUCAAAUACAAUGUUAUAUGAGAGGUCCACAGAUGCUACCACAGGUAGUUUUCAAGACCAUUUCAGGGGACUUGAGGAUUCUACCUUAAAACCCAGCAGAAGAAAACCCACUGAAAAUAUUAUUAUAGAUCUGGACAAAGAGGACAAGGAUUUAAUAUUGACAAUUACAGAGAGAACUGUCCUUGAAACUUUACCUGUGCUGACAUCAGAUAAAAAUACUAUCAUAGAUAUUGAUCACACUAAACCUGUAUAUGAAGACAUCCUUGGGAUGCAAACAGACAUAGAUCCAGAGAUACCGUCAGGAUCACAUGGCGGUAAUGAUGAAAGCACUCAAGUUCAAGAGAAGUAUGGGGCAGCUGUUAACCUUUCUUUAACUGAGGAAACAUUUGAGGGCUCUGGUGAUCCUCUUCUGGCUAGCUACACUCAGGCAACACAUAAUGAAUCAAUGACUUCUAAAGAUAGAAGCCAAUCAGAUCAUAAGGGCUUUAACUUCACAACUGAGAUCCCUGUUCCUAGCAAGGAAGCAGAAUUAGAUAUUUUACUUCCCACAGCAACAUCCCUGCCCAUUCCUAGUAAGUCUGCCACAGAGAAUCCAGAGAUUGAAGAACCAAAAAUUGAAGCAAAAGCCCUGGAUGACAUCUUUGAAUCAAGCACUUUGUCUGAUGGUCAAGCUAUUGCAGACCAAAGUGAAAUAAUAUCAACAUUAGGCCAUUUGGAAGGGACAAAGGAGGAGUAUGAAGAAAAGAAAUACGCAGGUCCUUCUUUUCAGCCAGAAUUCUCUUCAGGAGCUGAGGAGACAUUGAUAGAUCAUACUCCCUAUGUAAGUAUCAGUACUGUCCACGUUAUGGCUCAGAGUCUGACAGAGGCACCUAAUGUGGUGGACGGAUCCAGUUCCCCAUAUUACACUGAUACAACCUCAGCAGUAUCAGCAUUUGCAAAGUUGUCUUCUCAGACACCAUCGUCUCCACUCACUACCUACAUAGGCAGUGGAGCCUCUGAACACACAGAAGUACCCCAGCCAAGUGCUCUGCCAGGUAUAGAUGCUGGCUCAUCUCAGAUGUCCCCAGAGUAUUCUUUUAAGGAAAUUCAUGCAAAUAUUGAAGCAACUUUCAAACCAUCAAGUGAAGAAUACUUUCACAUAACUGAGCCUCCAUCCUUAUCUCCUGACACAAAAUUAGAACCUUCAGAAGAUGAAAGUAAACCUAAGUUAUUAAAAGAAAUGGAAGCUUCUCCCACAGAAUUAAUUGCUGGGGAAGGAACUGAGAUUCUCCAAGAUUUCCAUAACAAAAUCAACGGUCAACUUUUUGGAGAAACAAUCAUCGUGGUUCCCAGUGUUAAAACACCAACACCUGAGGCUGGAACUGUUCUUACAGAUGCCAAUGAAAUUAACUUAGAGGGUGCUACACAGUGGCCACAUGCUACUUCUGCUUCUGCUCCUUCUGGGGUUGAGGCAGGUGUAGUGCCUCAGCCCAGCCCAGAGACUUCUGAAGAGCCCACCAUUCCUUCUUCUUUUCUGGAAAUCAACCCUGAAACACAAACAGCUUUUAUCAGAAUGGAGGAUUCCACAGCAGCAUCAGCAGAACAGCAAGUAUCAGCGAGAAUUCUUGAUUCCAAUAAUCAGGCAACAGUAAGCACCCUGGAAUUAAAUACUGAGCUUGCAACACCACCAUUUCCCCAUCUGGAAACUUCUAAUGAAACUGAUUUCCUGAUCGGCAUUAGUGAAGAGUCAGUGGAAGGCACAGCAAUCUAUUUACCAGGACCUGAUCGUUGCAAAACGAACCCGUGCCUUAAUGGAGGCACCUGUUACCCUACUGAAACUUCGUACGUAUGUACCUGUGUCCCAGGAUACAGUGGAGACCGGUGUGAACUUGAUUUUGAUGAAUGUCAUUCCAAUCCCUGUCGGAAUGGAGCCACGUGCAUUGAUGGUUUUAACACAUUCAGAUGCCUCUGCCUUCCAAGCUAUGUUGGUGCACUUUGUGAACAAGACACUGAGACAUGUGACUACGGCUGGCACAAAUUCCAAGGGCAGUGCUACAAAUACUUCGCCCACCGACGCACUUGGGAUGCAGCUGAACGGGAAUGUCGUCUGCAGGGCGCCCAUCUCACAAGCAUCCUGUCUCACGAAGAACAAAUGUUUGUGAAUCGCGUGGGUCAUGAUUAUCAGUGGAUAGGCCUCAAUGACAAGAUGUUUGAGCAUGACUUCCGUUGGACUGAUGGCAGCACACUGCAAUAUGAGAACUGGAGGCCCAACCAGCCAGACAGCUUCUUUUCUGCUGGAGAAGACUGUGUUGUGAUCAUCUGGCAUGAGAAUGGCCAGUGGAAUGAUGUUCCCUGCAAUUACCAUCUCACCUAUACCUGCAAGAAAGGAACAGUUGCUUGUGGCCAGCCCCCUGUUGUAGAAAAUGCCAAGACCUUUGGAAAGAUGAAACCUCGUUAUGAAAUCAACUCCCUGAUUAGAUAUCACUGCAAAGAUGGUUUCAUUCAACGCCACCUUCCAACUAUCCGGUGCCUAGGAAAUGGAAGAUGGGCUAUGCCUAAAAUUACCUGCAUGAACCCAUCUGCAUACCAAAGGACUUAUUCUAAGAAAUAUUUUAAAAAUUCCUCAUCAGAAAAGGACAAUUCAUCAAAUACAUCAAAACAUGAACAUCGUUGGAUCCGGAGAUGGCAGGAGUCGAGGCGCUGAUCCCUAAAAUGGCGAACGUGUGUGUUCAUCAUUUCAGCCAAAGUCCUAACUCCCUGUGCCUUUCCUACCACCUCGAGAAGUAUUAUCAAUUGGUUUGGAGUUUUGGAUCACCGUCCAGUCAUUUUGGGUUGCUGUGCUCCCAAAACAUUUUAAAUGAAAGUAUUGGCAUUCAAAAAGAAAGCAAGCAAAAUGAAAGAAAAUAAGGGCAGAAAAUAACCAUUUGCAGCCUAUCUAAUUUUUUUAGUUUUCUAUUUGCCACUGGUGCAGACCAUUCCGUGAUGUAUACCAGCCUACUGUACUAUUUAAAACGCUCAAUUUCAGCACCCAUGGCCAUGUAAAUAAGAUGAUUUAAUGUUGAUUUUAAUCCUGUAUAUAAAAUAAAAAGUCACAAUGAGUUCAGGCAUAUUUAAUAAUGAUUAUGGAGCCUUAGAGGUCUUUAAUCAUUGGUUUGGCUGCUUUUAUGUAGUUUGUUUAGGCUGGAAAUGGUUUCACUUGCCCUUUGACUGCCAGCAAGACUGAGGAUGGCUUUUCCUGGACAGCUAGCAAACACAAAAUCUUGUAGGUCAUUGCACCCAUCUCAGCCAUGGGUGCAGUUUGCUUCCACGUGAUGCUGAAGCCUGCCUAAUGGGAUCCCGAUGGAACUAGGGACUCCAAUGUGGAACUCUUCUUUGCUGCAUUUCUUUUUCCUCACUUACAAGAAAGGCCUGAAUGGAGGACUUUUCUAUGACCAGGAGCAUUUUUUAGGGGUCAAAGUGCUAAUUAUUAACUCAACCAGGUCUACUUUUUAAUGGCUUUCAUAACACUAACUCGUAAGGUUACAGAUCAACGCAUUUCAAAUGGAUAUAGACCUAGGGUUCUGGAGGGUGGGGGAUUGUUAAAACAACACACAUGCAAAAAAAAAGAAAUUUUGUAUAUAUAACCAUUUUAAUCUUUUAUAAAGUUUUGAAUGUUCAUGUAUGAAUGCUGCAGCUGUGAAGCAUACAUAAAUAAAUGAAGUAAGCCAUACUGAUUUAA